AUGGCGGGCGCAGAGGCUGUCGCAGAAGCGCUGGCCGAAAGCGUGCAGCAGAUCGUUGCCUUAUCCCCUGACCGUGUGGCGGAGGAUGGACCAGAGGCCUUUGACCCCUUCCGCCGGGCCGUGACGCAGGCUUCGCGUGGCCGUGAUGCGCCACCCUCGCAGCUCCUGGGCCCGGUGGAAUCCAAGGAGAUGGUCUUUAAAUUCCUGGUGGCUCUCCAUGGGUCCAAGAAAAUGUACCGAAGACAAGUGGUGGCCGUGAUGGCAGUCCUGAUGCACGAGAAACUUUGGCUCAAAAGCCUGCUGCAAAUUGAAGGCUUUCCCGAAAAUCUCUCAGAGGACCUACGAUUGAUCGUGGAAGAAGAGCAAAAAACCAUGGAGAACGAGCCUGAGGAAAUGCCAUGUCUCGUGCGGACGAAAGAAGAUCGUCUUGGCUGGCGCAGUGAAGAAAGAGCAGAUCUGCACAGAUAUGAAGGUGACUGUGCCGAGUCUGGCGGAUUUUCCAUGGCUUUGGAUCCAGGAUCUCGGGAUGAUUUGUUGGGGGCUGAAUAUGCAGGUGUCUUCGGGUUCCAACCACACAGGUUGGCAGGUCUCAGCUGGACUGGAUGGACCGCCAGUGGCCUCCUGCAGAGCACAGAGGUCAGCACGUUGGACAGGGCGAAUGAGAGCUGGACCAGAUUUGGAUGGUCUUCCUUUAAAUUUGGACGCUUGAUCGCCAACGGCAAGGCUUUCAUAGCCGCCCUGAUGGAGCUGAAGGAGUUGGAGAGCUUGGCAAACGAUCAACCAGGCAACGUGGCUCGCCUUUCCCCGACGUUUCGGGACAUCGGACUUCGCGCGUUGAGCCAAGCGACGCGGCACGAUGGAAACGCCACUGGUCGCGCCCAAAUUGGAUCGAACGAUCUCAUGGCAACAGAACUUGGUGCCUUGGAAAAAAAUGUCGAUGAGAUGACCAAGACCCGGGAAUUGCCCACCGCCGAGGACGGCGAGUUGCCGCGUCGCCUCACCGCGCUGGAGCUGACGCUGCUGGGCAUCGGCGCCUGCAUCGGCGCCGGGAUCUUCGUCCUGACGGGCGCCGAAGCGCGCAUCGCUGGGCCCUCGGUGGCCGUGUCCUUUCUGCUGGCGGGGAUGUCCUCGAUCUUCAACGGCCUCUGCUUUGCAGAGCUGGCCACGCGGCUGCCGGUCUCCGGCUCCAGCUAUCUCUAUGCGCCUCGGCGGCUUUUUGGGGCAGCUUAG